AUGCCUGCCGCCCCGAUCGAUGUAUCGUAUGCAAUCAGAUACAUUUCUGAUAGAAUUGCCAAUUAUGAUAAGCCAGAGUGCCUGGGUAACUGGUGCCAGGAGGUCGUGAAGAAAUCUAAAUCUCGCAGUUCGCGGAAUAAGACUAUUCUAAGAGAUGGAAUCUUCAGAAGACUCAAAAGAAUUGAAAAACUGGAAGGAUAUUCGUUGAUGGAGAAAUUACAGUUGGCUUUCAUUUUCAGUCGUUCUGUCAGUGAUGAAUUGGUUCAAAUACUGAAAGAUGCAAAAUUCGAAAUCCAACAGGACGAAAAAGGCAGAAUAAGCCGCUUCAGAACGGAAGAUGGAACAAUCGUUCGAUCUUCCGAUCACCACAGAGACGUAAAAUAUUUCCAAGGAGUCCGCUGUCUGAAUACUCCAUGGCAGAGGUAUAUGGCUCGGGAGAAGGAACAUGGUCAGCAAGACGUGGAGAAUAAGAAUCCAAAUUCGGAGAUGAUGGAAGAACCAGACCCAAUAGAGUCAGAAGAAAUUGACGAUCCAGAAGAAGAUAUUCCAGUGGAGCUGACCAUUGGCGAAGAUGUCCGUCAUGCAGCAUUCAAUGGACAUAUCAAUUAUGAAGAGCUGGAUGCACAGGAAUUUUUUUAUCCGGGAUUUUCACAAAUUGGUGAAUCAGAGCCGCUCGUAAAGCGUGCGAAAGCAGAACAGUUAGUAUCGGAAGUUGUGACGCCGGAUAAUCAGAACGCUACCGUCCAGCCACUUCUUGUAGAAGCUACGCCAACGAUCAAGACGCCAGAUGAGCCAAAAAUCAGUGUCAUGUCUCUUGUCACUCACAUCAAACACAUCGCAAUGUACUAUAAGCUGGAGAAACUAGGAAACAAGGCUUCGCAAGCAAUAGAGAAGAUGAACAAAACGGGAGAAGACAAGGUUCCAUCAAAUCUCAUCUCCGAAAGCUUGACCAGUUUGAUGAUAGCCACUGGAUUUUACAAGCAACUGGAAUAA